CGUAGGCAAAUCUGCCACUGGCUAGUUGUCAACAUGGCCACCAGUGUUUGCAAUCCGCUGUCAUAGCUCUUCUCAAUGGGAUGUCAUUUAACUCCACGUAUUUCGCAAAAAGCCUUAUCGAACUAGCUAAGCAAGAGAGACGCUUUAAACACCGCAUUCUUUAGGUUCUACAAUACCCAGCCUGUGUCAGUCAAAAUGGCAAGCCCAAGGACCAGAAGAGUUUUGAAGGAAGUGAGAACCCAGGAGGAAAACAACCUUUGCUUUGAGUGUGGGGGCUUCAAUCCUCAGUGGGUGAGUGUGACCUAUGGGAUCUGGAUUUGUUUGGAAUGUUCUGGCAAACACAGAGGCUUGGGAGUACACCUUAGCUUUGUGCGCUCUGUUACCAUGGACAAGUGGAAGGACAUUGAGCUGGAGAAGAUGAAGGCGGGAGGGAAUGGAAAGUUUCGUAUGUUUCUGGAACUCCAAGAUGAUUACAAUGCCACCUGGACCAUGCAGGACAAAUAUAACAGCAGACCUGCUGCACUUUUCAGAGACAAGGUUGCAACCAUUGCAGAGGGGAAAGAGUGGUCUAUUGAAACUUCCUCUGCCAAGGACUGGACUCCGCCUCAGGCUAAGACCGGACUUUCGACGUCUCAUCGCUCAGGGGGCCCUGGCCAGAACUCGGGAAACCCUUCAGACAAGGUGUUUGAGGACUGGUUGAGUGACGAUGUGAACUCUUAUCAGAGUGGUGGCGGUUAUAGUGGGAAUCAGGAGAACCGCUAUGUUGGCUUUGGGAAUACACCGACCCCAGAGAAGAAGGAGGAUGAUGUCCUGAACAACGCUCUAUCUUCCAUUUACUCGGGCUGGAGCAAUUUCACAAUCGGAGCAAGCAAAAUUGCAGCAGUCGCCAAAGAUAAUACUGCAAAACUUGCAACCUCAGCAACUCUAAAGUUAAGGGGCUAUAAGCCGCCCCCAGAGCCGGCCACAGAGUUAGGACAGACAUUAAAUGAGAAUGUUAUCAAACCUACCCACGAAAAGGUUAAAGAUGGCAAGUUGCUAGAUGAAAUGUCCGUCGGCAUUACUGGGCUGGCAUCCAAGGUUCAGGAUGCUGGUGCAAAAGGCUGGAAAGACAUGACUGACUUCUUUGCUGGAAAGCCCGAGGACGAAUCAGAAGGAGAGAGCUACCAGAACAUGGACGCCACUGAAGGUUACCAGUUCAACUCCUCAGGCCCAGAACUAGGCCAGGCCCCUGCGCAGGAUUUCUGGACGUCCUUUGGCAGCGCCAGCUCCUCCAAGCCCAAGAAGUCCCCAAGCAGCGACAGUUGGACCAACGUCGACAACUCUGCCGCUGAGAAGAAGAGCUCCGACAGCUGGGACAACUGGGGCUCGAAGGCGGCAUCCAACAACAAACACAGCACUGGAGACAGCUGGGAGGCCUGGGACAACAACUGGGACAACGCUGCUGGGGGAGAGGCCAAGGGCAAGACAAGCCCCGCAGCCGCCCCCACCAAACCUGCUGAGGAAACCUGGGACAAUGCAGACUGGUAGAGGCCUCACUCACAAUCCUCCCCAGCUCUAUUUCUCCCUUUUCCUCUACCUUCACCGCCAUUCUCUCUUUCCUUCCUUCUCACAGGCACUUUUACAGUUGCACAGUUCUGUCUCUAACCUGGGUUGAGUUCAAUGCCAGUUCAGUAUGUAUUUAUUUCUCAAUAAGAACUAAUUGAAAUGAAAUUGAUCUCAACCGACACUGAGUAUUCCUGAAUAUUUACACAUUUUAAAGGAAGGUUGCAGUCUAUUUAAUUUUGCCUGGAUGUGUAUACAUUUCUUUAAUUCAUUACAGGAGUUAAAUCUAAAUCUAAGUCUAUAGUCUGACAUUUUAAUACAUCAUCCUCAACUAAAGAUGGUGGCAGUCACCUACUCAACCAGUGUUUUUAGAGUGAGAGGAGCCCGGUCUGUCAGUGGGUAUCCCUUGCAAAACGGGGAUUUCAACUUUCUGAGUUUCCACAUUCAAUUUAUGCAUAAUGAAAUUGACAAGGAACUGGAAUCCAAUUUAGUGUGCCGUAGUGUAAAGCCAGCAUCCCUUGCACCCCAACAGUGCGGUCUGUGUUGACUAAAACUUAUGGUCAAAAUGUUCCUUUGUGUGUCAAUUUACGACUGCAGCUAAGCUUGGUAUGAUGAUGCUUAACAUUGUGCAAUGGCGUUAUAUGUAUAAAAUGUAGCUGCUGGAUUCAUGUGAUGCAAGUAUAGUAUUUUACCAAUAUUCUUUUCUUUCCAUUCUCAGCCGUCUUCAUUGAAACCUGAACAGAAAGCUCUUAUGAGUCGGUACGACUUGGUUAUUUUGAUGAGGAACAGGGGAUAAGUACAUUUAGGUUUUAAUACAACCGAGUCUCAAAAGCAGUUGACAGUGUUAAAGUUCUAUUGCACCACCCAAUCAGUGGUUGUCGAUCGCAUGGCAUUAAUCUCAGCAGCUAACUGUAAUAUAAAUGAUAAUGUGUUAAUUUAAUGUGGUAAGCUGUACAAUUAUUGUGUGUGUGUUGAGAACUGGACACAUUUGUUUUUGGAGCAGGGACUGUAACUCUGACUUAUGGUUCAUUGCAUGUAAUACUGCCGAACCUGUGGGACCACCACAGCAACCUUCUGUGACCUCAGCAACCUUCUGUGACCUCAGUGGGAUCUAGUAUAGUCUAGUUGUGUCUAUUGUCCUCAACACACACCAAAAAAAAAAAAAAAGCUUUCUCAUUAAGCUGAUCUUUUCAGUCUCCAUGUCUGUGUUAAGUGUUGCAUCCAAGUUUUCAUGACUUUUCAUGACUUCAUGUUAAAACAGACAAUGGGAAAAGAACAUGUCUCAGGCCAGUCAUGUAAGAAUCUUUGAUACGAAUUUCAGUUUGAUACGGACAGUCACUUCUCAAGGAGUGAGGUUGAAUACUGCCAAUUUUGAAAGAGCUUUUCGCUGGACUUCUAAGAUGAGUCCGAUGUUUUACAUUGACGUGCAAACUUCAGCCAUGUAAUCCCUUGCCCCUGUUCGAUUUGACAUGUUUUUGUGUUCGUAUGCAGGGGUUAAAUGGGCAUUUCUAUGUCCUCUGAAUUGCUGGCUUUUCCAGUCAUUUUUCACAGAUUAGCCUAGUUCCUACGGUUUACUAUCUCCCCUUGUAAUGUCUCACGUUGGAACUCUCAAUUUCACCCUUGUAUCUGUGUGAGAGAGUGGUGUUGCCUAGAUUAUUUUUUUCACUCAUGAAAAAGAGAACAAGGCAAGGCUACUAUUUCUUAAUUGCACCAGAUUGUUGGCAUUUCCUUCCCCUGGCUGUUUUCCUGGUGGAACCACAGCAAUAUGGGCUGAUGUGGCUUGCAUUGUCUUGUGUGAACGAGAAAUGCUUCUGCUAAAUGAGAAACAAAGACUGUCUGAGUUGUUUUCUACACACCAGGAUAACUUUAAUGACUAACUGCAACGCUUGUGUAGUAGUGCAUGUUUUGCGGUAUUGCACUCUCCCCACCCUCUAUUUUAAUGUUGUGUUACAAGCCUUAAAGAGCUGUCCUCAUAGUCUAUCUAUUGAUAAACCGGUGUCCAUUUGGUUUUAAGUGUGUGUUUGGGUGUGUGUUUUCCGUUAAUAGAUGGACAGCAUGUAUGAUCAAAAGAUAAAAUAUGAACGUAAAACGAGGUGCUGCUGUUUACAGUUUGCCUCCAUAUUUCUGAUGCUUUGACUUUUUUUGUACUAUAUUAAGUUUUAUGACGAAGCACACAGCCUGGAUGGUGAACCAGCCUGAUGGUGAACGUAGCGAUUGGGCUGUCUCCACCAAGCUAAAAUACACAUUCUUAGUCCCAAUUUUGUUAUUUAAAAAAAAAAUAUAUAUUAUUCUUCAAUGAAUUCCAGUGUUUUAAUCUAAAGGAUGUUAAAUGUUAGAUAUUAUGUUUUAUAGAUCUACAAGUCUUAGUAGAUCAUUAGGUAUAAAUGUGUUAUGUAACACUUGCAAAUUAAAGAAUCUUCUCAUUUUUUUACCAUUGAUGGUAAUGAAGACUUUUCAGCAGUGCGGUUUAGUGAAAUAUAGGCCUAACGCUGAAAAGUACAGUAAACCAUGUGCUUUUAUGUCCAUUCAUGUUUUGACUGCCACAUUGUUGAUUGCCACCCACAAUCUUUGUAGUCAAGUCAGUCAACAAAUACUAUUUUUUGAUAUUGUACUUGGUUUCCUAAUGUGUAACUAUGGUUUGGAGAUUUUAAAAAAAGGUACUUUUUUAUUUUGAAAAAGAUAGUAUUUCUAAGUACAGUGGGUGUUGGUAAGUUGAGUUCCACUAACUUAUCUAAACAAGCAUUCCAUAUUGGUGAUUGAUUAAAGGGAAUUUCCCCCAAUGCUCUUGAA